UUUUUCAACGGCGUAGAUCAUCAUAAACUGGAAAAGGUUCUUUCAAAGAAGUUUUUGCAUGUGACGAAAGUCGGUAUUGGCGUCUUAGUUGAGAAAUCUCUCAUAUCUAUUGACCAAUUCGGAGUUAUAUAUAUGCAUACUCUGUUAGAACAAUUCGGAAUAGAAACUUCUCGUAAGCAAUUCAUUCACAAUCGGCUUUUGAAAUAUCAGCUUUUGGUUGAUGGAAGAGAUAUUUGUGAAGUGCUCAGUACUGAUACAACAGAUAAUAGAAGGUUUACAGGGAUAAAUUUAGAUUUAUCUAAAACUGAGCAAGAAUUGAAUAUAAGUGAGAAAGCACUUGGAAGAAUGUCUGAUCUCGAAAUCGUAAAAAUCAAUGGUGAGGAGGAUCUUGCUCAGCCUGAGAGACUGCACUCACUUCUGUAUCAUUCUCAAAAGAUUAGAUUACUUGAUUGGAGUUAUUUCCAGAGUAUAUUUAUGCCAUCUACUUUUAAUCCAGAGUUUCUCGUCCAAUUAUGUAUGGUUUCCAACAAGCUUCACAAGCUAUGGGACGGAACCAAAGUAAGCAAUUUUGAAUAAAAAUCUUCAAUUUUCAAACUGCUCAAAUUUGGUGGAGCUUCCUCCCUCCAUAGGAAACCUUCAGCGAUUGUCUACGUUGACGAUGUGCGGAUGCUCAAAGCUAGAGGCUCUUCCAACCAACAUCAACUUGAAAUCUCUCUUUUCACUUGAUCUCACAGAUUGCUCGCAGUUGAAAACUUUCCCUGAGAUCUCCACAAACAUUACGAAUCUCAAGCUCACAGGAACUGCAAUAAAAGAAGUUCCUUUGCCCAUCAUGUCCUUGCCUCUUUCUGAAUUUAAGAUUUCAUACUUUGAAAGCCUCAAAACAUUCCCGCAUGCUCAUGACAUCAUCACAGAGCUGCAUUUGGUAAACGAAGAAGAUAUACAAGAAGUUCCUCCAUGGGUCAAGGGAAUGUCUCGUUUAGGUGUCCUUAGACUCAACAACUGCAAGAAUCUGGUAUCACUCCCACAACUUUCAGAUUCCUUAUCUUGCAUUGAUGCAGACAAUUGUCAGUCCCUUGAGAGACUGGAUUGUUCCUUUCACAAUCCAGAGAUCCAUCUGAAGUUCACCAACUGCUUCAAACUGAACCAAGAAGCCAGAGAUCUCAUCAUGCACACAUCGACUUCUGGAUAUGCGAUGUUGCCCGGUAAACAAGUGCCUGCCUACUUCAAUCACCGAUCUACUGCUGGAGGUUUAUUGACAAUCAAGUUGAAUGAGUCGCUUCUUCAUACAUCCUUGAGAUUUAAGGCUUGUGUCAUGCUGGUUAAGGGUACAGAAGAAUCUUUUGCUCCGUGGGAGUAUGUCCAGAUUGAAAUCAUGAACAAAAAUGAUGAUCACACGUUUUGGUGUAAACCACACUACCAAUUCAUAGAUAUAUUUUUAACAGAGCAUAUCUACAUAUUUAGAGUUGAAACAGAGAAGGUGACUUCCACCGAGCUUGUCUUAGAGUUCAAAACAAGCUAUAUGGACUGGAAGAUAGGAGAAUGCGGGGUAUGUCACAUCUUGGAGGUUCCUUAGUGUUAAUGAACAUGAUGAAAGCUUCAUAUAUAGAUAGCAUCCGUAGAGGAGGUAUUAAAAUUUUCAUCAAUGUGUAUGGUCAUCUAUGUGUAAUCAGUUAAAUGCAGACUGGGAGAACAAUACAAAUAAAGAUAGCGAAGAUGAAGACGAGGAAGGAGAAGGUGAAGUAAGAAUCCAAGUCAUGAGAACAAUGUGAAAACCCGUGGAUUUGUCAGAUACUAUUCAACACUGUGCAUAAUCUUAUAUUGCAGUAGUAUGUUUUUGCAAAGAGAAAACAGAGAGUCAGGUCCUUGUUUGGAACCAGAGUAAGAAGCCGUAUUUUGAGAGAGUUGUUUUUAGUUUCAAGUUAAUGUGUUCCUUUCUCUGCUUGUUUUAAUAUUUUAGCUGAGAUUCAUAUUAAUUAUUAUGUUAUGAUAACAAGCAGAUAUAUCUUAUCUAA